AUGGCUGACGGAAUGACAUACUCGAGUGAUGAGUCCCGCAAAGUUAUGCAAAUAUACGGUGCUUUAUCUACGAAUAAAGAAGGAUAUUUAUCAGUGUCCUUGCAGGAAAUGCUGACCAUACUUGAACAGAUGGAGCGGUUACGUGUAGCAUGGAAAGCAGCCGAAGAAAAAGCUAGCUAUCAUGAACAGUUGAACGCAAAAUCUUCGUCUGAGAUAGAGUCGCUCUCAUCGCAGCUUCGACGAUGCAAUGCAGAAUUAACGGAUGCUCGCGCUCAAAUCAGAGCACAACUACAGGAAGCUCAUGCAAUGCGGGCAGAUCUGGAUGAGACGGUCGAUCGGUUGAAACUGGUUAAGGAGCUAUUAAAGGUUGAUCUCGACAAUCUCCCUCCCGAAACUCGCAAACAACUUGCAUUCCUACGAAAUCCCGAUCUCGGAAAGAUGAAUUCUAAACGGGUAGCUAGAGAGCAGUUCAUGGAGGGUGAUACAGAAGAAACUAUGGACUACGAUACGAGUGGGAAUACCUUGGAUACACUCGAUGAGGUCGAAGAAGACGAACAUUUGCGGCGAGCCAGGAAUCGCUCAACAGGCUUACGUGGUCGUCGCUCUAAAUCUGCACAUGCACAACCUGCAGGAUCUUCCAAACGAAGAAGCAGCCGUGUGCGGGAUGCUGCCCCAACGGCCAUUGAAAACGACGAAACACGCGACUCUCCACUGCCUCCGAAGCGGUCAAGAGACAGUACCGAGGAGAUUACAACCACUACUACAGUUACUAUUGACCCUAGUAGACAAAGGCCAUCACAGGCUAAAGUUACCAUCAGAAGGAGCAUGAACAGGAGCAUGUCGGCGAACGAUUUGUUGGCAGCUCAGGCUAAAACACCAGCAACUACUCCGAAGACUCCAUUCGUUCCACGGACUACUAGCACUUUGGAACUGCGAUCGCAGAAACGCCAGGUUGGCAGCCGGACUUGGACCCAUGGCAUGCCAAUAGCUACUCGCCCUCAUAAUUUCCAAGCGCUUUCGACAUACUUCAAGAUUACUUCUUGUGAUGUGUGCCAUGGUGGUAUCAAUUUUGCUGCAAAGCCGGCGUAUAAGUGCCAUGAUUGUCUUCAGCUUACUCACGUGUCUUGCUCAUCGCGUCUAGUUUUGCCAUGUGUCCCUCGUUCUGUUGUUCUUCCGCGGACUCCGACGAACAAACGUGGGCAACAGUUCUUCCAUUUACAGGAAUUCUGUCCUUCAACGCCACCCAUGAUUGCGUAUCCGGUAAUCUAUUGUGUGGUGGAUUUAGAGAAUCGUGGAUUAAGUCGCGAGGGGCUGUAUCGUGUUCCAGGGAGGAAGGAUCAUGCACAAAGUGUUUUGAAUGAGCUUCGUACUUCUCGUGGGAUCCCAAAGCUCGCUUUUCAAGAGAUUGAAGUGAUUGCUGAUGUUAUCAAGUCAUUCUUACGGGAACUUCGCGAUCCACUCGUGCCCAAAUCUUCUCGUGAAGAAUUCAUCAGAGCGGCGCAGUCAAAUAACAUUCUAGCCUUGAACGUUGCCGUCUGUGAUCUCCCUCAGACGAACAGGGACACAUUAUCUUACCUAAUGCUCCACUUGCAAAAGGUCGAGGCAUUGAAAGACGUAAACAAAAUGACGGGCGAAAAUAUUGCACGAUGCAUGGCCAUCCCUAUCAUGGGUCAAACGACAUAUCCUCGCGGUGAUAUACACAUAGCAUCAAACGACGCUCGCGAGAAGGAACGCACGAUUCAUUGGCGCCAAUUUCUUGAACCGGAUUCAUCAGAAGAGAAUGCCGCUCCUUAUGGCGCUACUCCAGCCUCGGCACCACCCUACGAAGAAAUCGGUCGAGUUCCGGCCUCGGCACCGCCUUACGAACCGUGCGUUGAUCAGAGUAUGCUUGGUCCGUUAACAAAUUCUCCUAAAUCUAACAUUGUGCGGCCAAUUCCACGGCGACCCAAGAAAUUCUUUGAUACUCCUAAAUAUGAUAAUUUGUAA